CACUUAAAACUUCCUACGGCUGCCUUCUUUGAUUAAUACGGCUUCCUCGGCCAUGGGACUAAAUGAUGAAGGUGGAGUUGAAGAUAUAGUUUACCAACCCUUGAAGAAUCCCAGACAAGGUGGAUUCAAGGGUACCAUUUUCAUCUUUGCAAUGAUGGGGCUGGACAACAUUGGUUUUGUGGCGAACAUGGCAAGCAUGGUUCUAUAUUUCUUGUACGUCAUACACUUUGAUCUCUCUGGCUCUGCAACUACAACAACAAACUAUUUGGGAACUGUAUUCUUGCUUACGCUCGUUGGAGGGUUCAUCUCUGAUACCUACAUGAACCGCCUUAACACGUGUCUACUCUUUGGUACAAUCCAGUUGUUGGGAUAUCUAUUACUAAUUGUUCAAUCUCAUUUUCAUAAACUGCAACCUGAAUUUUGUGGGAAGUCCAGCUGUGUGCAUGGUACUAAAGGUUUGCUGUUUUACGCUUCUAUCUUCUUGGUGGCGUUGGGAGGAGGUGGAAUCAGAGGCUCGGUGCCUGCUUUAGGUGCUGAUCAGUUUGACCAAAACGAAGCAAAGGAAAGCAAGUACAUAGCCACCUUCUUCAAUUGGUUUUUGCUUAGUAUAACUGUUGGGGCUUCAGUAGGGGUGACGGUUGUAGUGUGGGUAAGCACAAAUGUCGGAUGGGAUAAGGGUUUCAUCAUCUCCAUGAUUUGUGCUUUUCUUGGACUUUGUUUUAUUUCACUAGGAAAGGCUUUUUAUCGCAUUAGAAUGCCAGGCGAAAGUGCAUUGUCAAGUGUUUUACAGGUUUUGGUGGUGACAAUAAGAAAUUGGGCAGUGCGCCUACCCGAGAACUCACGUGACUUAUAUGAGACUCGUGGCCCUGAGUCUGCGUCAUAUCGAGAAUGCAUUCCCCAUACUAACCAAUUCAGGUUAUUGGACAAAGCUGCUGUUCUUCCCGAGGGCAUCAUCAAGCCAAAGAAAUGGAGAGUUUGCACAGUGACUCAAGUAGAAGAAGUAAAGAUACUAACAAGGAUGAUGCCAAUCCUUCUGAGCACCAUUUUGAUGAACACAUGCCUAGCCCAACUGCAGACUUUUUCUGUCCAACAAGGAACCCUUAUGAACACUAAACUAGGUGGUUUUGAUGUCCCAGCGGCCUCAAUCCCUGUGAUUCCUCUGGUGUUCAUGUCUCUUCUUAUACCUGUUUAUGAAUUUGCCUUUGUUCCCAUAGUGCGUAAAUUCACUGGUCACCCAAAUGGCAUAACCCAUCUCCAGAGGGUCGGAGUUGGACUUGUUCUCUCUGUUAUUUCGAUGGGUGUGGCGGGGUUCAUAGAAGUGAAAAGGAAGAAUGAGAUCAUUCAUCACAACCACCGCAUCAGCCUCUUCUGGCUCUCUUUUCAUUAUGCAGUCUUUGGAAUAGCGGACAUGUUCACAUUCGUCGGGCUAUUGGAGUUCUUUUACAGUGAGGCUCCUGCUGGCAAGAGAUCUCUCUCCACUUCUUUCUCAUUUCUCUCGUUGUCUAUAGGCUACUAUUUGAGCUCGGCUUUCGUGGGGCUCAUUAACUUGGUGAGUGCUAAGCUCUGUUCGAGCAAGAGAGGGUGGCUAGAAGGGCUUGACAUGAAUAAGAACCGCGUAGAGCUCUUUUAUUGGUUCUUGGCAAUUCUCAGCAUUCUCAAUUUUGUCAAUUAUGUGUUCUGGGCUAAAUGGUUCAAGUACAAGAAAGAUGUUCCGAUAGAUGGACAAAAGCUUCUCAUUAGACCCCACCCGGAUGAAUCGGUCUCAGUGUCAGCCUGAGGUGUGAGUUUAAGCUAGCUGGCUUUACAUUCAAACAACAAGAAACAAUCUCUACAUCUGUCAGUACUACUGGAGAUAUUAAUUAAGGAACAAAGAGGAAAUUAAAAUACGUUCGUGAUUGACAGCCACUUCACAUGUCCCAUAUAGUACUUUGAUAAUCUCCUCUUGUCCUUGUGUUGUCAUUCACAUGUGAAAAUUGUGAGUGAAGAAGUCAGAAAGUGUUUGGCUGAAAUAAGUCUCCGAUGUUGAGUUUAUCGCUCUCCCCUAAUUUUGAUUAGUCAGUUACCACUUGCUAGCUGUGGCAGGAAAUUAUGUUGUAUGAGAUGAAACAAUUAGCAAAGCAGGUGUAUUUUUAGCAAGCAAAAUGAUAUAUGUCUACUUUUUAGGCUCAUUUUUUUAGAUUGAUGUGUAAGUGAUAUGA